UCGAGUUGCCAUGGAAACUAUUCGUAUAAAUUUCUAGCAAACGAAACUAAUAAACUAAAAUUAUAAAACACAAUUAAUGGAAGCUCCAUUGUAGCGAAUAUACUGAAUAAUGAUUUAAAUAAAAUAAGUUAUUUGAAGGAAAUAUUGGAAGUGUACAUAUUUAUAGAGUAAUAAAAUUGGGGAAAUAUUGAAUAGAAGUUGAACAAAUAAAAAUAUAAGUAUAUAUAAAAUACAAUGGAGCGAAAGGAACAACGAGUUGAACUCGGGGUCGGAGCAUUUCAUAAUCUACCACGAGCUCAGUACAGCGAAGAAACUCGACAACUCAUUAAAAUUUUGAUGGAAGAAUCAAAGUUAUCAAUGCUGCAAAGAAAGUCUAUACAGAAUGCAGUAAAUCGUGGGGAAUCAUUGCCACCUAUUUCACGUUCAUCUUCUGCGCCAGUUAAUCACACACGUGUAAUUCCAUCUUCAUAUUGGAAAAGAAGAUCUCAAGAAGUUAUCGUAAAUAGUGGAGCUUAUGAACGAGAGCAAUAUAGACGUACUACACCAUUAUUGAAUAAAGAGAAACAGAAACGUCAUUUGGCAUGCAUGAUGGCAUUUGGCAAAGAUAUGCCAGAGACUCCACAUGGUCCGGCGAUCCGUCAUAAGCCGAAAAAAGGUCCAUUACCUCCGAAUAGUGAUGAUAUUUUAGAAGACUUAACACGAGGUAUAAAAGAACGUAUUGAAUUUCUGCAUGACAUGGAGCAUUUGGGUCUCGGGAAAAAGUACCAGCCAAUAAUUCACCAAGAGAUCGCAGAAAAAAUAAGAAUAAUUGAAUCAUUAGACGGUCACAAAGCUGCGGAAAUCGAUAGAUAUGUUGAAGGAUUUAAGUACAAGCAGCCAUCACCAAAACCUUUUCCACUGGGGGAACUUAACGAGUCGUGACUACAUUACUACUUUAUAUAUUCUAUAGAAGUAUUAAUACAUCUUAAUAAAUAUUUAUAUUUAA